AAUGUGGCGAGGUACCCUCCUUCCUCGUCCCGCGAGCAAAACAUGUUACGGGUCGUGGGGACGCGCAGUCGAAAACGAUGUCGUCGUGCGUUCGGUCAAGUAAACAAUAAAGAUCGAACGAGACAGAAACUAGACUCUCUCGUGCAUCAAAUAAUUUCACGCGAGUGCGUGCACGCCUUACGCGUGCAUUAUAUUAUUACGUGCGUUUUUGCAGAAACGGAGUAGCUCGAGCGUGAAUUACAUCUCGGCGCAUAUGUGUCGCGAUUAAAAUCGUCAUACGUGCAAAGUUGCGGUGUCUGCUUUUGCCGGUCGAAGCUUUCCGCUGCAUUUUUUUUUGCUCGAUCGGGUUAAGUCGACGGUAGGGAAACGUUUGACGGGUUGUGUCGCGACCGGCGUGGGUGCUCGCGCGAAAUCGCGUCCCUGCAGGGGACGGACGGAGGAAGAAGAAGAACAAGUCCGUCAUCUGUAGAGGAGGCGGAAGAAGGGGAACGCGAACUCGGUUUGGCGAGCUAGGGGCCUCGGAUUGAUCGCGCGCGCGGAAGAGAAUUAUGAGCGAGCGACGUCGCUUGGCCUGUCAUCGUCAUCAUCAUCGUCGUCGUCGUCGUCCCGCGGCCGCCGCCGAUUGUUCCGCGAGCGAGGAGGACUUUUGACACGAGCGCACCGUGCGCGCGAAGAAUCAUCAUCGUCGUCGUCGUCGACGUCGACGCGGACGACACUUGGACCGCCGAUAGAGCCCAGGCACCGAGACGAGAAUCGUCAUCCUCGCGAGCGAGGAGGCAGGAUGAACGGCUUCAGCACCGGCGAGGAGGACUCCCGGGGUGCGGCGGAUCAGAUCUGCUGCCUCGUGGACGAGGGCGAGCGAUGCUCCCGCCCGGCCGGCAAUGCAUCCUACAGCAAACGCAUUCAAAAGACCGUCACUCAACGACGGCUCAAGCUUAAUCUCGAUAAUAUGGCACGACAUAUAUACAUCUGUGAUUAUCACAAGCAAGUGAUCCAAUGUGCGAGGACUAAGCAGCAACAGCAACGUAGGCGCAAGGAUUCCGAAGAAGACUCCGGUGAAACUGACAACGAUCUCCCAGAAGUUGAUCUCUUCCAAUUGCAAGUCGGUACUUUGAGACGGUACAAAAGGCACUAUAAGGUUCCCACACGUCCCGGUCUUAACAAAGCUCAGUUAGCAGAUACCCUCAUGAAACAUUUUAAGACCAUCCCUGUAGUGGAGAAGGAAGCUCUAAGUUUUUUCAUAUAUACUGUUAAGACUAAUGCAAAUAAAUUAGAUCAAAAGAAUGGUUUAAGUAGUAGUGAUACAACGUAGCGUGAUCAGAAAAUCUCCCAUGUCGCUAUUGUAAUAUUACAAAUUAGUUAUAUGAUAAGUAUAUCAAUUUUUACUUGUUAAUACAUAUAUGUAUUUUAUAAGAAACUAUGUAUAUAAAGUG